ACAGACAAGCCAAGUUGCUGCCAAAAGGCUGCCAAGGCUAGGAAGAAGGGCCGGAAGAAGGCUGUACGUACUUUCAACCUUUUUUUAGACUUUUGAACAAUAUAAGGAAUGCAGAAAGACAGUCCUGGCGAGGUGAUAAGAGGACGGAAUGAGCGAUAUACCGCCGCUGCGCACCCUAAGCUGCUAUCCCUAUCUUCUGUGAAGAAAAAAGCCUCAGAGUUUGCUGCGAAAGACAACAAGAGUGCUCGUGUCGGAGCAAAGAAAGCCAUUUUACAAGAGUUGAAUUCACAUUUAGCCAUUCGAGCACAAGGACUAUUCCCUAAAGAGGAAAGUGAAAAUCCUUAUGGAAAACAGACUACUGAUCAAAAGGUUUUUACUCAACCCAAACGUGCUUCUCAAAAAACAAGAGCCAGAAACAACAAAGGAAAAGGUAAGGCUGUAGUACAGACGGAAAGAAGAAAGCAGACAAAAGCACAGGAUUAUAACUGGAACAAAGAUGGAAGGGAACAGGAACUGAGAAUAAGGUGCCUUGCAAGGAAAUUUUUGUUCCGUUGGAUGAGAAAUGUUUAUGGAAGAGUCCAUCCACAUGCCGCCAGAAUUCACUACAACAAUAAAGUCAAGCGUGAUGUUAUGCAAGUAUGGCAAGAUAUUUGGUGGUCAGGAAGAAAAGGAUGGAAGCUCCACAUCAGGGCUGAAUAUCAUAACAGGUACAGAACUUGGUUGAAGGUAUGGAGGGCUUGGAAGUCAUACGUUUUGCAAGAAAAAGUAAAAAAAGACAAGGAAAACAUGGCUGUCCAGCAUGCCAAAAGAAAAUUACAAGAAAAGCAAUUUGUAACAUGGACAAAGUACAUCAAAACUAGAAGAUUAAAGGCUAAGAAGGUUGAGAUGGCAUUACAAAUUGCUGUUUCCUCUGUAAAAAGGUUGGCUUUUCAGCAAUGGAUAAAAGAGUUGGAAAAAAGAAGAGAACACAGAGCAAUGGAAUAUGAAGCUAUGCAGUACUGGGCUUACACUCUAGUGAGAAAAUUCUGGUCAUUUUGGACUUCUGCUCUCUCAGUUCAUUUAAUAGACAAAGCUAAGCUAUCACAUGCUAGAAAGAUAGCCAACAGAAAAUUACUUGUCAAAUUUUGGACAGGCUGGAAGAACUACAGAGCUUAUCAUAAACUGAAAGAGACUAAAAAAAGAGUAGCAGACAGACAUUACUACACCACUUUGGUCACCAGGGCACUGAUCACAUGGAAUGCAAGAUUGCACAGGAGACGACAGCUUGCACAGUUUGAAGAUCUUAUCACAUACAAGGGCAUUAUUGCUAGAGCCAGAAGAGCUUUGGUACAUUGGAAGUUUUUUGUUACAUUACAGCACCAAAAGUAUGCAAAACAAUCAUUAGCAAAUGUGCAUUAUGAAUCCCAUCUCAAAAAAAGAUAUCUUGAUGUUCUUCAUUUCCAAGUAGUGCAAAGAAGACUGAAAAACAUGAGAACUGAAAUGUCUAAAGACUUUUGGUAUAAACUGCAACUUAAAAGAAUGUGGAGAAUAUGGCUGAAACAAUGUGAACAUUCAGAAGAACUGAAGAUAUACCCACUGACAAGAAAAGCAAGAAGUCACUACAGGUUCAAAUUACUUCAAAAAGUUAUUCACUCCUGGCAAGAGUACUGUAGUUGGAGACAACACAGACAACACAAAUAUUAUGAGGCAGACAAACAUUACAGAUACCAUGCCUUACCAAGAUAUUUUAGAAGAAUAGUGGUAUUUGUGAGAAUGACGAAGGAUAUGAAAGAAUGCCAGCUGAAAGCAGAUCAAUUUAGAAGGGAAGUGUUAUUGGCACAGACAUUUUACAAGUGGCACCAUGAAUACCAGCUUACCCUUGAUCUACAAAUGAUGAAUAGAAUGGCUAUUCUACAUCAUGAUGAAGUUACCAAAAGACACUAUAUUGCAAUCUGGUUGAAAAGGACAAGAAAACAGCUCCAGGAACAUCAGUUUCAGGCCAAGGCUGAUGAUCAUAACAGUUAUCGCCUGUUGUAUUCUGCAUUUCAAGAGUGGAAAAAAUUCACAACCAAUGCAAAAAUCAGCCGCACUUAUCAUCACAUUGCAGUCAGACAUCACUUUAUCUCUAUUCUAAGAAAGAUUUGGACGUCAUGGACUAAGUAUGUUCAACACAGGCAACGGAAAUGGCGUCAGCAGGAAAUUGCCGAUUUGCACUAUCAACAUACAAUCAUCAGAAGACUGCUUCAAAGUUGGAAGAUUUACUCUGCCCGUUCACUCCAAGUUUUGUCUUUUGCAAAUCAACGGCUCAAAGAGCAUAACCACAAGAGACUAAGGGAAAUGUUUUCGACAUGGUGUUAUUUUGCUGUGCAACAUAAGAACGACUGCUUAUCACGUGCCCAAGCCGUGAUGCUGUAUCAGACUACCAUCAAGAGGAAGCUGUUUGUAACAUGGCGUCAGUAUGCAUAUCUACAUGCUCUAAAGGCAGAAGAAAACUUCAUUUCUCUUCAGGAAAAGCAUGCCAUAUUGAACCAAGCCAAGCUACGUCGUGCUUUACGAGCAUGGUUUGUCGUUACUAAAGAAUCUCUACACAAAAGAAACCAGAACAUUAGAUCAAACCAACACUACAGAAAAGUGUUACUUCUUAGAUCAAUGAACGGAUGGAAGUCCUAUGUGCGUCUUUGCUUUAGAAUCAAGAUCCUUUGUCGACAAUCAAUGUGGCUGCACAAUCACAGGAUUACCUCUGCUUUCCUGAGAAGAUGGAAACAACAGUUUGCAGCCUCACUCGAAACAAAAAGAAAAACGUCACUAUCAUUAUGGCACUGGAGUGCUAAUCUACAGAGAAAGGCUUUUCAUGGGUGGAUAAUGUACGCCAUUUCCAAAAAGCAAAAAGACGAGCGUAUAGCCCAGGCGUUACAGUUGAGACGAACAAGACUGGUCAAGACAGGUGUCACUCAAUGGAUAAAGGUAGCCUUUGAUCUGAUCUCAGAAAGGAGUCGUUAUUCCCAAGUGCGUCAUAUUGAGCAGGCGCGCAGUCUCCAUCAGUACGUGUAUAAGUGUGCCUUGCACUGGAGAAGCUGGGCCAGCAGACGAGUAGCACAGACAAGACAACAACAACCACAAGUUGUUAUCCGAGAACCACUAAACAAACCAGAUGUUGAGUUUUCUCGAGGAGCUUCACGGCGAACCACUUCAGGGAAUUUCCCCGAUCUUUUCAAGCCUCGACCCAAGCCUCGAGUUCCUGAUUAUUUAAGGGAAUCGUAUGAUGUGUCUGCUUUUGGAAUGGACACUGACAAAGCACCAAUGUCAUCACUAACGUACAGCCUUCUCCCAAAGACUAGUGCUGAUAAUAAUGCCACGAGAAACAUGGGUAUUGAAGAAUUGCCACGCCCAGGCCCGCCAUCACCCUGUCCAUCACGUACUAUACACCCUCUUCGCAGGACCCCUGGACAAGACUCUAUAAUCUUUCUACCUUCCUCAGAGGGAGAGGGAGAUUCGUUUAUUGUCCGUAAUUACCAAAAGAAAGGAUUAAGACCAACAGUUUCAGGGCAGGUAGACGUUGAUCCGGUCACCACACAUAACAAGCACAAACCCAUCCAGAUUGAUGGUCCCUUAUUGCUACCGCCUUCAUCAUUCCAAUCUCGACGCCAAACCACUGAACAAGACAAUCAACGAGCAGUGAUAUCAAACGCUAAAAAGCCUCCAGACCAGAGCUCACCAAACACCUCGAAGGACAGCUUCUCUCCACGGUCUUUAGAUAAUUCAUUCGUUCAGUCAGAUGUAUCCAGUCCAGACAGUACUGGCAGUGAGGGACAUCAUGUAUUGCGGCCCACACAAUGGAACGUAGAUCUUCAGGCUCAGAUAUUUGAUGCCAGGAAAAAAUUGCAAGAAUAUUACGACUUGAUACUACAGUACAGAACUGUGAAGCGUCAAAGAGACAACCUGCAGAAAGCGAUACUUUAUCAAGAAGAGAAUAGUAUACAAGACGCUGACAAACAAAAACUGCUGGCUCAGCUGUCUGAGGAAACACACUAUCUGUUUACAAAGAUUCAGCAAAACAGACCGUUGGUGGAAGAUGUAGCAAUAAAUAUUAAUARAAUGAUUGAGAAACUAGAAUAACGGUAUUUUACGAAAUUGUGUCCACCGUAUUAUUCCAAAAUGUAAAUAUCGUAACACAUGGUCAUAAUAAAGUGAUAUAAAUAAAGUUUCUUGGCACACUUUU